AUGUCUAGUGACGAAAAACGUCUGGACAAGGUAAACGUCACGGACUCUAAUUCCUAUGGUUCUCACGAAGAGAUAGGUCAAGAAAAGGGCUUUUGGAAGCGCCUGCUCGAGGUCCUCGAAGUUCAUAAGACAGCUCAUCACGAAACUGUUAAAGAGACCUUCCUUUUCAACCAUGACUUAAAGCCCGUAGAGGCGGAGCGUCGUGUUUGGUCAUGGUUCAACUUUGUGUACUUUUGGAUUGCUGAUUGUUUCAACAUCAACACCUGGCAAGUUGCGGCAACCGGAUUGCAACUGGGACUCAGCUGGUGGGAAACGUGGCUCACAGUUUGGAUUGGUUACACUAUUGUGGCUGUUUUUGUGGUGCUGGUUGCAAGGAUCGGGUCUGUUUAUCACAUAUCAUUCCCAAUUGUAGCUAGAUCCUCGUUUGGGAUCUUCUUUUCACUGUGGCCCGUUUUAAACCGUGUGGUUAUGGCUAUUGUGUGGUAUUCCGUUCAAACAUGGAUCGCUUAUGCCCCCGUGUCUUUGAUGCUCAAGAGUAUUUUUGGCUACAAUUUGCCAAAUCGUAUACCAGACCACAUUAACAGCCCCAACGCCACCACUUACCAAUUCAUGUGCUUCUUUAUUUUCUGGGUCGUCCAAUUGCCAUUUGUUUACGUCCAUCCACAUCAAAUCCGUCAUUUGUUUACAGUAAAGGCGUGCUUGGUUCCAUUCGCAGCUUUCGGCUUUUUGAUCUGGGCAUUGGUGAAGUCCCACGGCCAUAUUGCCCUGGAAUCUCUUGUGCAAGGACCCCCACUAACUUCAAGUGAUCGUGGGUGGGCAUGGAUCCAAGGCAUCUUGGCCUGUGUCGGUAAUUUUGCUACACUGAUUGUCAAUGCACCAGAUUUCUCGCGUUUUUCCAAGACCAAGAAUUCUGCUACAUUCUCUCAAGCAUUCUCCAUCCCAUUUUUCUUUUCUAUUACGUCCUUGAUUGGUAUCAUUGUCACUGCUGCGGCAUACAAUGUCUACCAGGUCAACUACUGGUCUCCAUUAGACGUUCUCGACAGGUUCUUGGGUGAUGGACAGACAAAGGGUGAGCGUGCUGGUGUGUUUCUCAUCUCUUUUGUUUUCGCAGUUGCGCAAUUGGGUACCAACAUCAGUGCAAACUCCCUGUCUGCUGGUACGGACAUGACGGCACUCCUGCCCAAAUUCAUCAAUAUUAGACGUGGUGGUUUCAUUUGCGCUGGUUUAGCGUUAUGCAUUUGCCCUUGGAAUUUGAUGUCCAGCUCGAGCAAGUUUACCACGGCAUUGGGCGCGUAUGCUAUCUUCCUAAGUUGCAUUAGUGCCGUCAUGGUGGCCGAUUACUACGUUGUCAGACGGGGCAAGUUGGACUUGCAACACUUGUACUGUGCCGACAAAGAUGUCUCGAUCUACAUGUACGGCAACAGAUUUGGCGUCAACUGGAGGGCUCUGGUUGCCUAUCUUUGUGGUCUUGUUCCAAAUAUGCCAGGGUUUGUCGGGACCGUCGGCGACAAUAUCUACGUACCCAUGGGUGCUAUCAAGCUUUACUAUUUGAACUAUCUGAUUGGAUUCCUUGUCUCAUUCCUAAUCUUCAUUGUCCUCAACUACUUCUUCCCAGCUCCUGGCACGCCUGUGAGCAACAUUUUCAAGAAGAACGAAUGGAUGGAAUCUUUCCAGGAUGUCGAAUUCUUCCGUGAAGAAAGAGAUGCUUUCAACAAAGAACUACACCUUGACGUCGUUUCUUCCAGAAUCGGGGAAGGCGAAGAAGACCCUGCUAUGGCCUUCGUGGUUCGCAGUCGCGAUACAAUUUCAGGAAAAAGGGCCUAA